AUGAUUAAACAACAGCAACUUAAGGCGCAAAGCGCCCAGGUCCUUCAGACCAUUACAUACGCCAUAUAUGCAUAUAAUUCAAAGACGGCAGAACAAACGCAAAGGUUGAAAUAUGGAGAUUUGGAGAUAGUAUUGAAAAAUGACCAUUUCGAAUUCGUUUGCAAAGGUGGUGCAGUGAUAUCAAAUAUAAAAGAAAUUUUAUUUAUGAAUUCAAAAAUUAAAGGAAUAACGGAUGAUAUAACAUCAAUUCCACCAGAAGAACAGAGAUAUUACGCAUUAAAUGCAUUUCCUAAAGUUUUGAAGAUUGGAAGAUUUAAUUUAAAUGAGGAAUUCAUAGAAGGUUUCCUAAACGACAUAAUGAAGAAGGUGGAUAAGGAAUAUGUGGAUAGUGAAUUAAAUAAGAAGGCAAAUUUGGUUUAUGUUGAUGAAAAAGAUAAUGAAAUUAAAGAAAAGGUUGAAUGGUAUCAUGAAUGGACAUCGGAGACUUUUAAAGUUAAAGCUGAUACAGGAUGGGUUUCAGGAUGUUUAGACCUUAAAGCAGAUAAAACUUAUGUUGAUGAAAAAGAUAAUGAAAUUAAAGAAAAGGUUGAAUGGUAUCAUGAAUGGACAUCGGAGACUUUUAAAGUUAAAGCUGAUACAGGAUGGGUUUCAGGAUGUUUAGACCUUAAAGCAGAUAAAACCUAUGUUGAUGAAAAUUAUGCAAAGAAGUCGGAAGUAAAUGAUGUGAUUACAAGCAUGAAAAAUGAAAUACUUCAAACAUUAUAUCCUGUUGGUUCUAUUUAUACGUCAAUGAAUUCAACAAAUCCAGCAACAGUUUUAGGUUUUGGUACGUGGAAGCAGAUUGUAGAUAAAUUCUUAUACUGUGCUAGAUAUUCAAAGCAAACAGGAGGUUCGAAGAAAAUUAAAGAAGCAAACCUUCCACCGCACACUCAUACAGGAACGACAAACUUUUCUGGCGACCAUAGCCACUCAUUAAGAGACCACCCAUUAUACAACUCAGAAUAUAAAGCUGGCAAUGAUGUUUUAUCUCCAUCUUAUAACAAUGCAGCAAAAAAGAUUUUUCGACCAACUGAACCAGGAGGAAAUCAUUCACACACUUUCACAACAAAUCCAACAGGCUUGGGUAAAGAUUACAUGCCACCAUUUGUGACUAUAUUCGCAUGGUACCGCGUUCAUUGA